AAAAGCCAUUAUGGUUUACCCGGUUUGAGAGCCAAACUGCCGCAAAUUUCUCCUCUUUCACUCUCAUCCAUCGCUCUAUAUAUUUCUCCCAUUUCUCUCUCCCACUUCCAUCACUUCAUUGUUCAUUUAUCUCUCUAAAUCAAUCAAGAAGUUGCAGAACACAGCCAUUUUCUUCAUGAUGUUGAACGACUACCAUCCAUUUUCAUUUACUCGCAAGCUCAAAUCCUCAAUCCUCUGUUUCCGUCGCGAUCAUGGCGAUUUCCUCGAAAACGAAGGCGAUUCUUCUCCAAGAACCCCUAGAUCGCCGCUGAAAUCAAUGGCCGCAGAGUUCCCGGAGCUUCGAGGAAUGUGCAGGAAUCUCGUCGCUCGGAUCGGCAGGUCUCGCCGCCGGUACCAUCACUCCGCCGAUUUCCGAUACGAUCCUUCUAGCUAUGCGCUUAAUUUCGAGGACGAACAGGUUCGGGAUGAUGAUGAGUUUCCGAUUAGGGAUUUCGCUUCCAGAUUGCCGGCGUCUCCGCCGACUUCCCCGAGACUUUCGCCCGCGAAAUGAGGACUGCUAAUUAGCAUUACCGCCGCCGCCUGUAAAUCUCGUGAUAUUUUGAUACGGUGGGGACGGGAAUCUCCAUUGAUUGUAACUGUAUAAUACUAAAACCUUGUAAUUUAAUUUUUUAGUUUAGAGAAUUUGAAUUUUCGGAUUCUUACUGGAAAA